AACUUGUUUAUUUCAAAACUGAAACAUUGUUUCAGCAAUGUCGACAGCGUUGACGCACAAAAUUCAUUCAUUUAAUAUAUUCAUAUCAUAGAUAUGCAUAUUAUACUUAAAUAAAUUGUCAAGUCUGUCUAAACUAUAAAUUCUAGUGGUACCGGUUUAAACAUGUACAAGGAAUUUACGUUUGUUUUAUGUUUCUCUUAAUAUAAUAAACAAUUUUGGUUUUAAAAUAUCAUCUUUGAUAUUAAUAAUUUAGGCUAUGUUUUUACUUGUGAUUUCUGGGAUUCUUUACGGGAGAUCAACGCAGUGGGAUUAACAAGGCAAAGGAAAUAUGUUCGUAGUUCGCUGAAAAGACCGCAACUAGAUUUAAAAUCCAUGGCAACGAAAGGUCAUGACCAAGUGACCUUCAACGUAGGAGGAGUUACGUUUAAAACUCUCAAGAAUACCCUAGAAAAUGAAGAUACUCGACUGUCGGAGGAGGAUUUCCUCCAGGACUUUUAUGAUGAGAACACAAAGGAGUAUUUCUUCGACAGAGACCCAAACAUGUUUCUGGCCACCUUGAAUUAUCUCCGCACUGGUGAGUUACAUCUUCCCUCGUUUAUUUGCGGUCCUGCGGCUAAAGUUGAGCUCGAGUUUUGGGGCGUUCACCAGUCUAAGAUAGAACAAUGCUGCUGGAUCAACUACAAUGAGUGGAAUUCAACACAGGAUGCAUUAAAACGCUUAGAACACGACCGGAAGCUAAAUAUGUUACCGCUUGACCAUCUGGAGGACCCGGAUGAAACGUGUUGGAACAAAUUGCGACCACGCGUCUGGAGAUUUUUGAACAGAACCAACUCGUCAAAAGGUGCAAGAAUAUUCGGGUAUAUCUCAUUGCUGUUCGUCGUUGUUUCCAUAUUCUCGUUUCUUGCCGAAACUACAGAGCCGUUUGAACACUACACAUCCCACAAACAAAACAGUAAAGGUGUGAAAAAUGCCGACAUCGCUAGUGAAAAAGUUACCACAACUUACGCAACUGUUAAUCUAACAAGUAAUGCUAGUGAAACAAUUGCUGGUGAAAAAGACAGUGAUGAUGUUUUAAUUAAAAUAAAACAUCCAGCGUUACAAGUUAUUGACAUGAUUUGCCUAUUAUUUUUUUUAAUUGAGUAUAUUAUUCGGUUGAUAUUUUCACCGAAAAAACUGAAAUAUGUUACAUCUCUAUUAGCUGUAAUUGAUUUGCUUGCUAUCUUGCCGGACAUGCUUGAAACCAUUCUUUACUUUGCUAAACCGGAACUGCGAAUGGAAGUUGACGCAGUAGGCUACAUUACACUGAUUCGCGUUGUGAGAGUGCUUAGAAUUUUUCGAUUAGUGCGUCAUUCCGCGGGACUGUGGAUUUUGAUUUAUACAUUACGUGCCAGUGUUAGUGAAUUAAUGUUGCUUGUGUGGUUCAUGCUACUUGGAAUAUUGGUGUUUUCUUCGCUUAUUUAUUACGUUGAUGAUAGGGAGGUAUUCAACAGCAUUCCAACUGGAUUUUGGUGGGCCCUCAUUACAAUGACGACUGUUGGAUAUGGAGACAUGUACCCAACAACGACACUCGGGAAACUUGUGGGCUCCGUUUGUGCCAUGGCAGGGGUGCUUAUGAUUGGUUUCACCGUGCCCUCGCUCGUCAACAAUUUCAUGCUUUACUAUCGACAUACACAGUUUGCCAUGCAUGUUGACGAAUUUGAGAAAGAGAAAAAACGAAAACUCAAGGAAGCAAAACAGAAAAAGGAGAAGAAUGACAAAGUAAAUGGUAAUUUUGAAAUGAGAGUCAUUCAGAAAGAACAUGAAGUCGAGCCAUUGAUGGCCUCAUAAAUGAAAGUGUUCCACGGAUAAUGCUUACCUAAAGGACCAAACGUUUGGUCGAUAAAGUGCUAGUGAAUCAACUCCCUGUUAGCGUCAUUCAGAAAGAACAUGAAGUCGAGCCAUUGAUGGCCUCAUAAAUGAAAAUGCAUUGAAAGUGUUCCACGGAUAAUGCUUACCUAAAGGACCAAACGUUUGGUCGAUAAAGUGCUAGUGAAUCAACUCCCUGUUAGCGUCAUUCAGAAAGAAGAUGAUAGUGAGCCAUUGAUUACGUAAUAAAUAGAAAAUGCAUUGAAAGUGUUCCAAGGGUAAUAAAUACCUAAAGGACCACGCCUAUCGCCAUAAUAGUGCUAUUGAAUCUCAUCCCUGUUUAAUUAUUCGAAAAUACAUUUUGCUAGGUCUAAGAACUGUACAGUCGUACAAAUUUAAUGGUAUUCCGUUUUUUCGGUAUAUCUGUUUCCUUUUGGCAAAUUUAUGAGUCUAUCAUUUUGAUCAUUUUCAUUCGUUUCAGUUUACGGAUUGCGAACCUUACUACUAACGCACAUGCUUACACACUGAAUAUCUUUUCUAAUUGUUUUCUGAAAUGAAAAUGAUAAAAAAACAAUUAAGAUUCAUGUUGACUGUUUGUUUAAGUCAUGACUAUUUUUUGUGUGUGUAUGACACAUAGCAAUAUGUCAUAAUGUUUUUGUGAUAUUUCGAAAUAAAAAAAAUAAAAAAAAU